CAACCCUGCUUUUGCUUAUCCGAUUUUCCCGCAAAGCGUAUCGGCUUUCGGUUAAUUUUAUAAAACCAGAUAUCAGUGAAAAUAUAAAACAUAGUGUCCUCAUAAUGGCGGUAAAUGUGAAAAUUGUAAGCCCAGCAUUGCACCAAGCUUUGAAGCCAGGAGAAUAAAAUAUCUCAAGAAUAUCUCAAGCUGCUCGUGUGUAUGUGUGCGCAGGUAUAUCGAUUUGUGCAGAAUCCUUGACAGCAUCCAACACAGAGGCAUCCACAAGCAUCCACGAGCGAUAUAAAUAAGUAAGGUAGCAUUGUGCAAACAUCUGAGCUUUGCAUUAACUACAUCCUCGAGCUGCGCCCAUGCCUUGAGCUUGACAUUUAAAUGCUAAUUGAACCUUGUCGCCAUACAGCUUUAGAAUUUGUUGUCCAUUGCGCCAUGAAGCGUCAGAACGUUAGAACCCUGUCGCUGGUGGUGUGCACAUUUACCUAUUUGCUCAUCGGAGCGGCAGUCUUUGACUCGCUUGAAUCACAAACUGAAGCAAAGCGUUGGGAAUUUUUGCAAGCGAUAAAGAAUAAUUUCGUUGAGAAAUACAAUGUGAGUGCAGAAGACUACCGGAUGAUCGAAAUAGUAAUAAUAGAGAACAAACCACACAAGGCGGGACCUCAGUGGAAAUUCGCUGGCGCAUUUUAUUUCGCCACUGUGGUGCUAGCAAUGAUUGGAUAUGGACACUCCACGCCAACGACUGUGGCCGGAAAGUUAUUCACAAUGUUCUAUGCGAUGGUAGGCAUUCCCCUUGGAUUGGUUAUGUUCCAGUCGAUUGGUGAGCGUUUAAACAAGUUUGCAUCCGUGAUAAUUAGACGCGCGAAGCGGGCAAGUGGAGCGCGAUGCACUGACGCCACUGAAAUGAACCUGAUGCUGGCCACUGGAAUGCUCUCCUCGAUUAUUAUAACGACCGGAGCAGCGGUUUUCUCUCGCUAUGAGGGCUGGAGCUACUUUGACAGCUUUUACUACUGCUUUGUCACGCUGACCACUAUUGGAUUUGGAGACUAUGUGGCCCUACAAAAUGACCAGGCGCUGACGAACAAGCCCGGAUAUGUGGCCCUAAGCUUGGUAUUUAUACUGUUUGGACUAGCUGUGGUAGCCGCCAGUAUUAACUUGCUUGUACUACGAUUCAUGACAAUGCAAGCCGAAGACGCCAAGAGGGACGAACAGGAUGCCCAAAAUCUUGCUGCUGGCAACCAGCCACUCACAUUUGAUGACGAGUCUACGUACAACAUGCACGGCAAGCUCUUGGAAAACAACUACACGACCGAGAACGAUGAGACGGUGUCCCUGUGCUCUUGCACAUGCAUGGGCGGAACACGAUGUUUAAACCACGAGCAAUUUAUUGAUCCGGAUUUCCAGCCGAUGGAUAUAAUUGAAAGCACUCUUUGCCUGAAACGUGCAUCCGUCUAAUAGAUUCGGCAUCGGCAAUUUGCCCCAGUCAAAUGAACGUAUGUUAAUGCCAAAUUAUUCUAGUGAUAACACAGAGUCUGGCCUCUGCAGAGGCUGCCAAAUUAUCUCUGUUUUUGAGAGACCCACGUAGAGAACCCAACCACCAUGAGUAGAUGUAUUCCCCAGUUCAAAAUAUAGUAAAUUAAAUAUAUAUUGCAUAUUCCUAUUAAUCAAAACUA